AUGGCCCUGGCAACGGGCGCAUACUCCUCCCCGGUCGCCCGCAGUACCAUAGCUGGCAUUCCCUCUGUAUACCUGGAAGUUUUCAAGAACCCAAGCAUCCAAACAUCGAUCGGUGGCCACGCGAUUUGUAUAUCUGGCACGGUAGACGUCACAGCUUCUGCAACCAAUCUGGAGAUCAACAUGCCUCCCAUUACAAACCAGAGCGACCUCACGUCGUUUGUGACGAAUUUCAUGACCAUUAACUCGACUGUGGUGAAAGAUUAUAUUGGUGGCCCGAAGCAAAUCAGCGGGACCUGGGGAAUCUAUUCAGAGCUAUGCUUCCCAAUUGAAAGCAAUGGAGUCCCCAACACAACAGUGCAAUUUCUCGUCCACGGCGGAGGAUACGAUCGAAGCUAUUGGAACUUCGCCCCGGGUUAUUCUUACGUGGAUUAUGUCGCCCAGCAAGGUUACACAACCUUUUUAUAUGAUCGCCUCGGCUCGGGACUCUCUGAUCAUCCAGAUGGCACAAAUGUAGUGCAAAUGCCCCUUCAGAUCGAGAUCGCACACGAGCUCGUCCAGCUUCUACGCACUGGUGGCUUCUCCAACGGAACCGCUCCCUUCGAAAAGGUUAUAGGCGUGGGCCACUCCAUCGGCAGUAUUGUGUCUAAUGGUGUGACUGGGAAACACCCGAAAGAUUUCGACGCAGCGGUGUUGACAGGUUUCUCAACAAGCUUGCCUGGUGGCGCCAUUUCCUUCUCAGGUAUCGACCUGAACAUUGCAGCGCUUGCUGAUCCUUCGCGAUUCGAUGGACUUGCUUAUGAUUACGCUACCGCUGGUUCUAAAGCAGCCGUCGAGUUCUUCUUCUUCAAGGCUCCCAACUUUGACCCCAAAAUCCUUGACAUGUCGGAUGCUUUGAAACAGACCCUUGCGGUGGGAGAGAUCAUUACCGACUAUUCGCUUGCGGUCGCUAGCAACUUCACCGCCCCAGUGUUCGUGGUGAAUGGAGGAAAUGAUCUUCCAAACUGCCUUGGAAACUGCUUAUCGCCGACAAACAUUAGUGCUCAAGUUAUCGAAGAGCUCUAUCCAGCAGCAAGCAACACAUCUUCAUACUACGUUCUACCCGUGUGUGGACAUGGGUUGAACGCUCACUAUACUGCCAAUGUUGCAUAUGAUCAAAUAUACACCUGGUUGCAGAAGAACGGUUUCUAG